UUUUUUUUUUUUUUGAUUUUUUCCCCUCGACUUGUCCUUUUCUUUUCUUUCCUUGAUAUAUUCAUUUAUUGUACUAGUUUAAAAAGGAAUUUUAUUUUUUUUGUAUAUGAUAAUAAAAAGAAACAUUUUAAUAUUUAUUACUUCUAUUUCAAUUAAAACUAUUUUUGGUCUGCCUUUAUCAACAAUCAUAAAUGAAAUAGAUAAUGGUAGUUCAUCUACACUUAUUGAUUACAAGUCUCCAGAAUUUUAUGAAAGGUUAUUUUUUAUCGGACUCUUGGUAUUAUUAGGCGGUGUAUUUGCAGGACUUACAAUCGGAUUAAUGGGAUUAGACCAAACUAAUCUUUAUGUGUUAAUAGAAUCAGGUACACCGUUAGAAAGAGCAAAUGCUAAAAAAGUAUUGGCUCUUUUAGAUAAGGGUAAACAUUGGGUUUUAGUAACAUUACUAUUAUCAAACGUGAUUGCAAAUGAAACAUUACCUAUCAUUCUUGAUGGUAUCUUAUCUGGUGGUUGGCAAGCUGUUGUGUUAUCAACUGUUCUAAUUGUUAUAUUUGGAGAAAUUAUACCUCAAUCCAUUUGUGUUCGACAUGGUUUAACAAUUGGUGCAAAGACAGCUUGGAUUGUGCUUCUAUUAAUGUAUGUUAUGUAUCCCAUUGCUUAUCCUAUUGCACUCAUCUUAGACUUCUUUCUCGGUGAAUCUCAUGGUACAGUUUAUAAAAAGGCAGGACUAAAGACACUUGUUUCUUUACAUCAAGCAAAUCAUGCGUCUGAUGUGGAUGCUCUAACUUCUGAUGAAGUCACUAUUAUAGGUGCUGUACUAGACUUGAAAUCAAAGCCUGUAUCAAUGAUUAUGACACCUAUGAAUGAUGUGUUCACUCUUUCGACAAAAGAUAUUCUAAAUGAAACAUUAGUGAACAAGAUCUUAACUGCAGGUUAUUCUCGUAUUCCUAUUCAUACAGUAGAAGAUAAAGAAGAUUUUAUAGGAAUGCUUUUGACAAAACGGUUAAUUACUUAUGAUCCAGAAGAUGCUUUGCCAAUAAAACAGUUUCCUUUGAAUUCUUUACCAGAGACAAAUCCUGAUACAAGUUGUCUAGAUAUCCUUAACUUUUUUCAAGAAGGCAAAAGCCAUAUGGCAAUUGUUUCUAAAAAUAAUAUGGAUGGGUCUAAUAGCGCUUUAGGUGUAAUUACUCUGGAAGAUGUAAUCGAAGAACUUAUUGGAGAGGAAAUUAUAGACGAAACUGACGUAUAUGUAGAUGUACGAAAUAAAAUACGUGUUGUCCGUCGACACAUGGUAAAUAAACGCAACACACACUUAACUGCUGCUGCUGUUGCUGCUGCUGCUGCUGCUGCUAAAAGAAGACACAUGAAUAAAGAUACUGAGGAAAAAAUGACAAUAUAUGGAACUGUUUAAUUUUUUUUUUUAUAUAUCACUAACUACUACUAAAGCAUUUCCUUCUCCCCUCCCAAAUUAUACAUGUGUGUAUACAACUAUUAUAAAUGCUUGUUUUUUUUUCUUUUUUUUUUAAAAAAAAAAGA